AUGAUAUAAUAAUUCAUUGACAGAGAUUAAAGAAUCAAAUAUGUUUAGGCAGAUCUGACAAAGAGAGAUCCAAUUGAACACAGAAAUGAUGCUCUCAAGUUAAUAUAGGGAGAUUAUUUUGGGUUCCAAGAAGUUGAUACUAUCAGCACUAAAAAUAGAUUGGAGGACUAGGUAUAAUUUUUAUAGGAGCAUCCUGAGGUAGAAAUUAUUGGAUCAGGUUAUGCCAUUGAUAGAUAAAAUGGAAAAGUUAAAAACCACACUAAAAAUUACUUGAUGGAUUAAGAACUGAUCAGAUUUUCAAUGAUUUUUUCAAAUAUCCUACCCUAAAGCACUAUUAUGGCUAGAUCUCAUCUUGUCAAUGAGACUUAAAGGUUUAAAUACCCAUUGGACUUAGAGGAGGGCGAUGUCUCUUAUGAAAUGUACCUAAGAAUGAUAUUUCCUGAACUUGAUAAUAUGACAUCUACGCAGUUUGCUGUGCUACCUGAGAUACUCGUAGUCCAUCCGGAAAUAGUUGAUGAGGAAAUGAUGGAAAGAAUGAUAAGCGAGCAGAUGUCAAUAAGCCCCAUUGAUGAGCCAAGAUCAGAUAAGAAAAUAGGUAAAAGCACUGAUAAUGAAGAAGAGACAUAAAUAAUUGAUUCUCCUCUAGAUUUAGAUGAAAUCAAACUUAUGCAGAAAAAGAAAUUUUUGAAACCUAAAUAGCUUUAAGUGUUCAGACAAUACUUAAAAGAUUUAUUAGAUGUUUUUCCUGUUGAAGAUGAGGUAUUAGAUACAGUAAGCUGUUUGUUUAAAAUGAGGAAAGAUUGUGAUGAGGACUACAUAAAAGAAAGUUUUGAUUUCAUGGACUUAAUGGGUGAUUGGCUCAAGGAUUAGGUUCAACCCACAAAUAACACUACAACAAUGGAUCAAGAAGAUUAAAAAUUAAGAGAGGAGAGUGAUAAACAAAUGGAUAGCAGGCUCAGAAUUGUAAAGUAAAUAGAAAUGUUUUCUAAAUACGGAGAAUCCAAGAAAAAAAGAGCUACAAAGAAAGAGAGAGAAGAGAUGAUGAAAAAAUAGAAGGAUGCAGUAAAUAAGUUUCAGGCAUUGAAAUAAAAGCAAUCUGAAUCUAAAGAUUCCCUUUCUGAUGAAAAAGAAAAAGAGAGCAUUCAUAAUUAUGAGAGAAAAGAUUUAUGA